AUGAUUAUCUUAUUAAUUUCAAUUUUAAUUACCUUAAUUAUUAGAGUAGUAGUCAUGGUUUUAGCGUCCCUUUUAGCAAAAAAAACUAUUACAGACCGAGAAAAAAAUUCACCCUUUGAAUGUGGGUUUGACCCAAAAGGGUCAGCCCGUCUUCCAUUCUCUCUUCGUUUUUUCUUAAUUGCAGUAAUUUUUUUAAUUUUUGAUGUUGAGAUUACCCUUUUAUUACCCCUAGCUAUUAUUAUAAACUUCUCGAACAUCUCGGCAUGGGCUUUUACAGGAUUUGCCUUUAUCCUUAUUCUACUUAUCGGUUUAUACCAUGAAUGAAACCAAGGUGCAUUAGAAUGAGCUUAUU